GGUCCGCCCCGCCCCUCCAGGAGGGUCCAACCAAGGGGGAGCCUCGUCCCCGCCCACCCCGCGCGGGAAGGGGCGUGGCCAGUGGGGGGCGCGAUGGCGGCGCCGGUGCGGGACCGCGAGGCGCUGCAGAGGCUCAGCUUCCUCUUCCAAGCCGCACACUGGGUGCUCCCCCACAGCCCCGCUCUCGCCCGUUUCUACUGCAGCACCCAGCGAGGGGCUGCCCGCCGCCUCGUCCUGCGCAUGGCCCCCUCGGUGAAACGCACUAUCUGCCGCCGCUGCUGCUCCCUGCUGCUGCCCGGUGCUGGGGGCUGCCUGCGUCUGCGCGGGAAGGGGCAGCCCCGCAUGGUGCUGCGGUGCCUGAACUGUGGCCGCCGGCGCCGGUUCCUCUGCCAGCAGGAGCUCCACCCCCUCGGGCAGGCCACGCCCACCGUGUUGUCAUUCCCCAGGCCCCGCCUCCUAGCACAGCCCAGCAUAAACCCUGGCCAGCAACAGAGCGGCGACGCGACCUCCGAUUGUCCCUGCAGCAACCACCGCUAGCCAAUCGGGAAACACCGCCUGCAGAAAUAAACCUCCCUUUAUUCCAUA